GCUUCCUCCCGCCGCUGCCCGCGCGAGGGGGGCAGGUCCCGAGCGGGCCGCGGGCUGGGGGAGGUGCUGCCCGGAGGGCGGGCGUCUGGGGCCGGGGGGUGGAGCUGGGGGCUCGGGGGUGUACCCGGGGGCGGGAGGCUGGACCGGGACGGCUCUAAAUUGGCUCGGAGGGGCCCGUCGGCGGCGAAGUUGCUCGCUGGGGGCAGAGACGGCCACGCGGUUGCAGGAGUAAGCGAUCCCCCUGUGGCGAAUUGGCCAACGGCUCGUUUCCACCCUGCCUCGUUGGUGGCCACUGGAGAAGCGCGGGGGGCUCCCCAGGCAGCCGUAGGGACAAAUUAGAGCCAGCACUUGGCCCCGAGCCUCGCGUGUAGCUUCCCCGUCCCCUGCUCUAGUUGCCCGGGUGUCCGGAGGGGGUGCGGGGGCGGGGGUGUGCCCUCCGUAUAUGUCCCACCACCCGGGCCACCCUCGGGGCUUGUGUUCCAUCUCGCUCUCGCUUCCUGCACGGUGGUCGUGGGGAGCCACUUUGCAUCAUGUCCCGGUAUAGCUACCAAAGUCUCCUGGACUGGCUCUAUGGGGGCGUGGACCCCAGCUUUGCGGGCAAUGGGGGCCCCGACUGUGCUGCCUUCCUCUCUUGGCAGCAGCGGCUGCUGGAAAGUGUGGUGGUCCUGACCCUGGCCCUGUUGGAGAUCCUGGUGGCCCUGCGGCACAUCCUGAGGCAGACGAAGGAGGACGGUAGGGGUGGCCGUGGCUGCCAGCCAGAGCAGGUGACCCAGCGGCCAGAGGAAGGCAAAGAGAGCCUGAGCAAGAAUCUGCUCUUAGUAGCCUUGUGCCUGACCUUCGGGGUGGAGGUGGGCUUUAAGUUCGCCACCAAGACCGUCAUCUACCUGCUCAACCCCUGUCACCUGGUCACCAUGAUGCAUAUCUUUCUCCUGGCCUGCCCUCCAUGUCCAGGAGCCAUCGUCAUCUUCAAGCUACAGAUGCACAUGUUGAAUGGAGCUCUUCUUGCUCUGCUAUUUCCUGUGGUGAAUACGCGUCUGCUCCCCUUUGAAUUGGAGAUUUACUACAUUCAGCAUGUUAUGCUCUACGUGGUGCCCAUCUACCUGCUUUGGAAAGGAGGUGCUUACACCCCGGAGCCCCUCAGCAGUUUCCGGUGGGCCCUUCUCUCAACUGGCCUCAUGUUCUUCUACCACUUCAGCGUCUUGCAGAUCCUGGGCCUGGUCACCGAAGUGAAUUUGAACAACAUGCUGUGUCCGGCCAUCUCAGACCCAUUCUACGGCCCCUGGUACCGCAUCUGGGCCUCGGGACACCAGACUCUCAUGACCAUGACCCACGGGAAGCUGGUCAUCCUGUUCUCAUACAUGGCUGGGCCCUUGUGUAAAUAUCUGCUGGAUUUGCUCCGGCUUCCAGCCAAGAAAAUAGACUGAAGGUGCUUGUGUUUUUUUUGUUUGUUUGUUUGUUUGUUUUAUUUUGUUUGGGGUUUUGUUUUGUUUUUUUCUCCCCUUGAGGAAACAAGUCCUGACUUGACUUGGAGGACAUCCAGUUCUUGGUGAAAUCAUGGGAGAGGGCAGUAACUCAUUCAGUGUAUUUCUUUUUCCCUCUUCUCUGCCCCUUUCUUCCAACAUGUUUCCUUUCCCACCUCUUCCCCCAGGAUGGCUCCUGGAGCCUGGGGUGUAGUGCUGAGGGCUCUCUCUCCCUCUCCUUGUGGCCUUACAUGGUGAGACAGUAGUCAGUGGCUUCCACUCUGCUUGUUGGUGCUUUAACAACAGCUGGUUGAGGAGAAAGGGAACAACAAGCAGUAGUUCUUUUGGCAUCAAAGUGAUGAGAUGUGGUUGUGUUUGAUUUCUCCACUGCCAGGGAUCUCCAGGCUUACGCUGGGGUCCCCUUUUGUCUCCAGCACAGCCCCUGCCAUAAGGGGACCGAGGCCUUGUUUCUAUACCAGCGGCAAGCCAAGAGCCAAGGGAUUUCCCAGCUCAUGGCCAAAAUAGAACUGGCCAGAUUCUUCCCACUGGUGUCCCAUGACUCAAAGCAAGCAGCCGACCAGUCACUCCCUCCAGAUACUGCCAGAGGUGGGGUUUAGGGGUGCUACCAUCCGAGGGGCUAGAUUCUACUGAGGCCCAUGAGUGCUGUUGGAACAGCAAGUCCAAAGGAAACUAGAUCAAAAUAUCCACAGCUAAUACUAGUUUGGGACCUUGUGGAGAUUCUACUUGAGAGCUGAGAACUGACCCAUAUCCUGGUCAGAAGUGAGCAUAGAAAUUAAUCAACAGAAGUGGUAACUUGAGAAAACUGUGAUUUGAAUCAUAGGCUUGCUUUUAGUUUAAUGUUGAUAACAGAUGACAUUUUAAUUUUGAGCACCUCUUAAAUGCUGUCUCUCUCUCUCUUUUUAAAGGCAGCUUCAGGGAAAGAUGGGCUAGAGUUGGGCUUCUUUGGCUUUUGGGGUUUUGUUUCUUUGUUUAUUUGUUUUGGGAUGUUUGACUUCGGAGAAUCCUUACAUUAGGGCCUGUCUCUGGAGGACACCUGUCUAUCCAUUUCAUGGUUUUACAGGAUAUAUGAGCAUCCUAGGUUUGCAAGGAUACAGGUCCUGCAGCAUUGUUUCCCUAGGACUAGAUGUCAUCACUGCAGCCAGCACCAGAGCUGAAUUGUUUGAGGGUGGGGCGGGGGGAACGUCACAUGUUCCCAACCCCCACAGCACAUGUCUAGAUUGAAAGGCAGGUACCAAAAAAUCAGGUCCCUUUGGUUGGAGGUUCAAGUGCUCAGAAAGGGAGACCUUUGGCUGCAGGAUAGCCUCAGUCAUACGUGGACCUCAGGAAAGGGAGGUGGUAGCAUUUGCUGACUCUUUGUCGGCGCUUACUAAGAAGAGAUUACUUAAUAACAGAAAAACUAGUUCUGUGACCUUCUUUGAUUGCCCCCCCCAACCCUGUCUCCCAGUCUAGGCAACCCAUUUGCCCUUGGCCCGUUCAGUGUUCCAGGUGUUACUGUUUCAGACCUAGACUGAGUUUCAGUGACUCAGUAGUCAUUAUUUUAGCAAGUUGUCUUACUGGAGGCAGCAGAAUGGGAGAGUCUCUUUUAGCAGGGCGAGGCCCAGGGAAGCGUCCAUGGAGGGGCCCAUCUCUUUGCAGAGGGAUGCUGGCAUUGAUGCCAUCAAUCCCCAGGGUGUGGGGUUGCAGGAGGGCGGCAUGCUCUGGGUUGCCACCAGAAGAGGUACCUCUUGAGUGGCUGGUUUCACCCCGCCUACUGGCUGUGCAUGGGCGUGGCCAAGGAGGCCAGGCCUCAGUGCUCCUUUGGCCUCUUUACAAAAUAAAAGGUUAGAGUGAGGUCAUAGGAGGAGCCCCUGGGGGUCUGUCCUAUGCCGUGCUGGAAUCUCUGCCUCAGCUGGGAGCCAGCAGCCUGGGUGGCACAGACGCUGCGCCACCAAGGGCACAGUGGCAGAGCGCUCUCUUUCCCCCUGUCUCGGGCCUGGUGCGGGGUGCCAGUCAGCUUGCACUUUCUUCAUAUUGGCCCGUCUCCAAAAGCUCGUCUUUGCCCUGGCUAUGGCUCAGUGCCCCUGGCUGGCUGGCACUUCGCUGCUGCUUGGCAGGAAAGAAGACAGUGUAAGCCAUGUGCCUGGCUUGGCCAGGCCAGCAGCAGGUGCACCUGUCUGGGGAAGAGGGGAGGCACUGCUUCUGGGGGCCAGGUGGGCUCAGAAACAUGGAGGGGAAGGGGACAGAAAGCAAGCCCUGUCCACUGGGUCCGCAGGGAGUCAUGGCCUGUGAGGUAUUGGGGAGCAGCAGGCAUCUGAACUGGUCUGUAUCUGACUCUUCCCUUGGGCCAGGCCCACGUGGAGAGGUGACCUGGCCUGACCCUCGGUGCCCUGCCUUGGAGGGUGGCCCCCACCACCACGGGGCCAGGCUUUCCUGCACCUCCCCAGGGCUCUCCUGUCAGUGCCAAGGAGCUUCCCCAGCCAGCCUGUCCAAGUUUCCAUGUGCCAUUUGCCAGCAUGUGGGAGCUGCAUGUGUGUCUGGGAGGGUUUUUGUAGAAGUGGACAAUUUCUUUUACAACAGCCCUAGCAAGGGAAAAGGAGUAUUCCCUCCAGCCCCUAGGUAGCCUCGGCUGAGGAUCUGGGCCAAUGAGAACACUCUGUUCAGCUGGCCAACUUACGGCAUCAGCUCCAAAUAACAGAGAGGUGGUCCCACCUGCUUGUAGCCCCCACCCCACCCCACCCUCCACUCCUUCUGUUUGGUUCUGCACACCAAAGAUGAUCUGGUCCAUCUUCUUUCUGGAGGCCCAGUGAUGCGUUCCUCUGUCAGCAUGUGAGGAGGCUAUAGACUCAGUUUCCCCCAUUCAACCUCUCUCUCUCUCUCUCUCGGGACUGACUUCUCAGCAUUCACGGAAGCUGCGGGAAGGGUGGCCGUGAGGUGGGGGUGGGGAGUUUGGGGCCCUUUCCCAUCUGGUACCUCAAGCCCAGCUCUCAGACCAUCCCUUUGACUGCAGCCUCCCUCAGGGCUUUGCAGUUUGUGGUCGUUGAUAUUUCAGUGCACUAUUUUGUGGCGCAGACACAGCUGCACACAAAGAGCAGGUUGUCAGCGUGGCACUGGUGUUGGGGUGGCUAGUGGAAGACCAUUCGUCCCCCCCAACACAUACACACCUUGGCCAAAAAAGACUUCCUUGGAUUUGUAGAUGUUGGUCAUCUGAAGGGAAGAUGGGGAGGCGGGCGAGGGGAGAAGAAGGGCCGGUAUGGCCACUGUGAGACAAGAUGCCGGUUCUGGUUUUGGUAAAUGGGGAGCAGGCCUCAGGGAGGGUAUCGGGAGCAAAGCCCCAGACUAUGGGGAGGGGCGUCCUCACUGCACAGGCUGCCCUUCCCUCUGAGGGUGGGGAGGGUGGUCCGUAAGUGGGAAUGAGCCUUCCUCUUCUGUACAUACAGUGAGUCCCUUGUGCUCAGGAAAACCGAGUUGCUUAUUGUUGCUCUCGUGACAUUUUCUACACUGGUUAGCUACUCGUGGCACGAAACACACAAAACAAAAAAGUCAUUUCAAGCCAAACUAUUGUUUUGGAAACCUGCUUUCUUUUGGUGUCAGUUUUGUAUUACAUUUGGAAGAAUUCUUCAUUUCUAUUGGUGUUAUUGUGGUAGAGAGAAUAAGAUAGUUCAACUUGUAAUUCUUUCUGCCAGGAAAUUGGCGCUGCCUCUGUUGCCGCCCCCACCCCCACCACAGUCCUUCCUCAUUCUCAAGGGGAGAUUGCUAUGUCCUGGGCAGACCCCCUCCCUGGCGCUCGCCCCCACAGUGACUCCCUUGGAGAACCAGUUUUUGUGAGUCCCCUAACCAGCUGCAAGAUGAGUAGAUGAGUACUUUUCGCCAAGCUGCUUCUUGGGUGCUCUGUGCCCCCGCCAGUUCGCUCACCUCUUGGGACAUUUUGUAAUGUUUUCUCUGUUUUGUACAACCCUUUUGAUUGUACCAAAAUGGUUUCUGCAGUCACCUUUGGAAAUAAAUGGUCAUUAAUUUGUGUACUUCGCACUCUGAAUGUUAGAUUGAGGUGUUUCUGUUGUUGAAGAUCCCUGAAUGAAAAGGAACCCUCACCACGGCACUUACUGUUAAAUAUUUCCUUCAUUUACUGUUAUUAAAAGAUUUGUGAGAACCUA